ACUCCUUUCACUGCAUACCAUAUAAAAAUCAAAUUCAUUAGUAAACAUCAACACGUUGAGCUCGCGAGUCGCAUUCAACCAGAGAAGCACUACAUUCAGUGUUAUUGGGGACUACGAAGGUUGAACUGUGUUCAGGCUUGUUUACUUUUUUCGGAACUUAUUUUUAAAUUCAACCCUAAAUGAACCUUGAAGAUAUGGAAAGUUUUGAAUGAAAGAACUAAUGUAACUAUGCGAUGCGCCCUAUAUGCGACAAUUGCGUAGCUCAGAAUUGGGUCAAGCGGUUUUGACCUGUUGUGAUUCAAUUAUUACAAAAACGCGAGGUCUACAUAUUGUUCUAAUCAUCGUCUACGUUUCUUUAUUAUUGUUUGAACUUGACUUGUAAAAUAAUAAACCGCCAGUUGAAGUUGAAUGUUAUUUUUACGGUGUGUUUGAGCUGCAGUUUAUACGUUUAGCUGAUAGGUGAAAGAUUCGACAUUCAGCGGUAUGAGAAUGGCAAGAUAAGCUUGGACGCUACGUGGUUCGGUCAGUGGGUCGAAGUCUUGCUCAUCUUGGACGUAAUAUUGUAGCUUUGACUUUCAAAGAGAGAGGUCGAUCUUUCUUGAGUGUUCGAUUGAAAAGAUUGCAAUAUUUUAAGUACUAUCAUGGCUAAGGAUAAUCUAACUGCUGUUCUGUACGGAGUUGAGGACCUGAGAUUGGAACAACGUCCCAUUCCUACACCGAAGGACGAUGAGGUUCUCUUGGACAUGGACAGCGUCGGAAUCUGUGGGUCCGAUGUGCACUACCUGGUCAAAGGUCGCUGCGGAGACUUCGUGGUGCAGAAACCGAUGGUAAUAGGCCAUGAAGCUUCGGGUGUCGUGUCCAAGGUUGGUGCAAAUGUGAAACAUUUGAAGGCCGGCGAUCGGGUAGCGAUCGAGCCUGGCUACGGUUGUCGAGUUUGCGACUUCUGCAAGGCCGGUCGCUAUAACCUGUGCGAGGAAAUGAUCUUCUGCGCAACGCCGCCCUACGAUGGUAACCUGACGCGCUACUACACCCAUCCGGCUGACUUCUGCUACAAACUGCCGCCACAUGUGACCAUGGAGGAAGGAGCACUUCUGGAACCUCUAUCCGUUGGAGUGCAUGCCUGUCGUAGAGCCGGUGUAGGCUUAGGAUCACAGGUACUAAUUCUCGGUGCCGGUCCCAUUGGAUUGGUGACGCUAAUCACAGCGAAGUCUAUGGGAGCGGGCAAGAUUGUGGUGACGGACCUGCUCCAGAACCGCUUAGACGUGGCCAAAGAACUGGGAGCUGAUGGAACCCUAGUGGUUGAGGUGGGCGCCAACGAACAAGAAGUUGUAAAGAAGGUUCAUGAUCUGUUCGAUGGAGCACCCGACAAGACGAUCGAUUGCAGUGGAGCCGAGGCCACGUCCAGACUAUCGAUUUUGGCCACCCGAUCCGGAGGUUGUGCCGUUCUGGUCGGUAUGGGAGCCUCCGAAGUUAAACUUCCGUUGGCGAAUGCCCUGGCACGUGAAGUUGACAUACGUGGAGUGUUCCGUUAUUGCAAUGACUACCCUGCGGCUUUGAGUCUCGUGGCGAGUGGAAAAAUCGACGUCAAGCGAUUGAUAACGCACCACUUCAACAUUGAGGAAACGUCAGAGGCCUUCAAUACCUCUCGACAUGGACUUGGUGGCGCCAUCAAAGUUAUGAUUCACGUACAGCCCAAGGAUAAAAACAAUGCCAAGUGAAUCAACGGAAUCUGUAGUUCCGUGUUUAAUAAUGAAGAUGUACUGAUAUUGGAGAAUUUUGAGAUUUUAUUACAUAUACUUAAAAUAUGCAUAAAAGCUAUCCAGGCCUGGUAGCGAGUCACUUUUUAGUGAUUUGGUCACUAUUUUCGAGUCGGUCACUAAAAAGUCACUAUUUGCAUGAAAAAGUCACUAAAGUCACUUUUUUCAGUAAAUUGGUCACUAAAGUCACUAUUUUCGUUAAUCUGACUAAAUUGCAAAAUAUGUAUUGUCAAAAUUGAUGCACAAAUUUCCCUCAAAAACCUUAUCUUUGAAAAAAUGUCGGCUGCGCCGCUUAUUACACUAUUA